UUGAAAUUGGAUAUGCAAUAGAUUUCUCCAGAAGUUGAGCACUACCUACAAGAAGCUGUAAAGCCACUCCUUGAGAAAAUUGAGGAAUUAAAAUAAAAGGAUUAGUAGAAUGAAGAUCAGAUCAAAUUUUUGAUAGGAGAAAUCGGUCAACUCAAGACAUUAGUAGCUACUUUGAAGCCAGUUGAGGAUAAAAGUAUCAUGAUAUUAAAUAUAAUUAGAAUAAGGAAAACAAUAAUAGAAGCAAGAAAGUAAUGGUAACAAUAAUGGUAAAAAUGAUUAUAUCUGGAAAAUUAGAUCAUAAAAAGCCAGAUCGUCCUUAAACAGCAAUUCAACAGAAACCUGAGCAAAAUAAAUAAAAGGAACAAAAGCCACAAACUGGAAGCAAGAAUUUAAGCCAAAGCGUAGUAGUAGAUAAGUCAACUAAGAAUGAAGCGGAAAACAGUAAAUUGAUUAUUAAAACUUAGCUACUUCUAAAUCUCCAAGAUAAUCUGUUGAAAAAAAACCCAAGGCUACAUAAUAACAAUAGCAGUAACCUCAAUAGCCUAAACCUAAGCCUGUUAAGCAACCAGAAUAAAAGGAUUAAAAAGAAACAAAGACUUCCAAUUAAGGUAUAUCCCUACAUUUGAUCUAGAUUAACCAUAAAAAUAGGCAAACCAUCAGAAGGAAGAAAAGAAGGAUGAUAAAAAUAAACCAAAUAAAUAGCCUUAAUAACCUUAAGCUCCAUAAACAGAUAAAACUAAAGAACAACCAAAAAAGAAUGAAAAACAACCAGAAUAGAAAUCAAAUGGAGCAUAAAAAAAUACAAAUCCUAAAUAACCAGAAAAAAAAGUGGAAACCAAAUAGGAUGAUAAAAAAAUAGUUAAAAAAGGUUCAAAGACUGUAUCUUAAGCUGGAAAUUAAAAUUAAACUGAUGAAUAAUUCUAAUAGCAACAAUAGAAAGCAUAAGCACCUUAAGAAUAACAUUCAGCUGAGGUAUCCUCUAAAGAAACCCAUUCUGAAUAGAAUGAACAAUAAUAAGAAAAUCAUUAGGAAUUAGUUAAUGAAUAAUAGGAAGUUGUUUAACAUUAAGAAGAAUAGAACUAAUUUUAGAAUGAUAACCAUUAAGAACAUAAAGAGGAUGAAGAUUUGUUAGCCGAUAAUCAUCAGAAUGACAUUUAAAAAAGUGAACCAAUCUAGGAGAAUCAAUAGCAGGAUAUGUUUUGAGUUUAUUAAAAAUUAUAGUGGAGAA